UCGGAUACCUGCUUUCUACAGAUGCCAGGAGUUUAAGAAAAAAAAAAACUAAUUUAUCCCGUUUACCGUCUUCAUUGACCAAUAUGGGAAAAGCAAGUAGUCAUUCUCCUGUAUGAUUGGGUAGGAGUGAUGUGAUCUUCAGUAGUCUCUGAAAGUUACGUAUCUCCUUGGUUGGAGGAGGUUAAGCAUCUGCUGCCUGGUCUGCUCUCGACAGUUCUCAGUGCCUCUCGUCUGGUGUUGCGUUAAUAACAGUCUUCCUCGACUAGGAUCCGAGUUCUCGAACAGUCUUGGGAGCUCAGUUAUUUUACCUGCUCACCAUGGAUCGAGACGACUCCAAAGCCAAACCCAGAAGAUAGUGGUUCACGUUUUUGCAAACGAAGAGGACGGAUUUUUCCAAACCCAGUUAGCUGUCUGUCAUAUGCAGUAAAAAUUUCACCCCGGACUCUUUAUUAACUAUAAAUUAUCUGUAUACAAGCAUAAUACCAUGGAUGCAACUAACUGAUAGCAUAUUAUGGGCAACAGUGAGAGUGUGGUGGUGCAAAAGCGACUGUCCCGUUUCCGUCCAGAAGAUCGUCCAGUGAUUGAAGGAGUAUUUGACCGCCUUCAUGGCAAUGUUGUGGUCCCUGCAGGAGCCCUAAAGAAUGUCGAAGCAAUAAACACUCUCACCUUGGAGAUGCUGCAGUCCUCCAUGUGCAUGCUGGAACCAGACUCCAUCAUAAGGAGAUCAUACCAGGGCAUGCGUAGUAUUGACUAUGGAGCAACAGCAUCUGGCAAAGUCAAUACAUCUGCCACUUCAGGAGUGUGUCGCGAGCAAUUGGUCAUCUUCCUAGCAGAUACCCUGCACGGUACUGCAGAAGAACGAGCUCCUCUUGUUAUGGCUAUGUCCCGAGGAGGCGUAUGCUCCAAGGAUGUUACUUAUGAGGAAGUCAAAGAGUUCUUACAGGACCUUAUCUCUGCUGUAGUUCAGAUUAUGGUCCGUAAAGGACUCCUUCAAGGGUGGAAACCAGCCAAAAUGGGUGACGGUUGUCAGUGUGUCAAACUCUUGGUAGAGCAGUUGUGUUCCGAAUUAAAACCCACAGGGAAACAGCCUGAGCUGGUGUGUGAGUUGAAGAAAUUUGGACUGGAGAUAUUUUGGAGAUAUUUUGGGGCUUACCACCACACAACGUGGACUCUGAUACCAGUUCUCCUGAGAUGUUUUAGACUUUCCUCCACAGUGGAGAUGCCCACGAUAAGAGGCACCGAGGGAGGCUAUGAUAUUGCCUGUUUGGAGGACUGGCUGUUUAGAGUACCCCAAGUAUCUUUGUACCUGGAGAUGUUGGUAACUGAGGGACUGAAUGUGUGGCCAAGUGUGCGACCAUCCCUUCCUCUGCUGCCAUCUUGUAAGGAUACCCCCUGGGAGGAUUUACGUUGUCUGUUGGAUAUUCCUACCAUCAUGUUUCUUGCAUCACAGCUGCCUGAUAGAUACAGUGCUCCAUGGAGACUUGUGUUUUCCACAUUGGUGCAUGGUGAGAGCUUCACAAGAAUGGUGGGAGGCCUGACCAAGUGUGGGCCCACCUUGCUGCUCAUCAAAGACUCAAAGGGGUAUAUUUUUGGUGGCUUUGCCUCCCUCAGCUGGGAAGUCAGACCUCAAUUCCAUGGUGACUCCAGAUGUUUCCUGUUCUCCGUAUUCCCCAGACUGAGAGUUCAUACAGCUACAGGUUACAACCAACACUUUAUGUACCUCAACCAGAAUCAGCAGACCAUGCCCAACGGACUGGGCAUGGGCGGUCAGCACAAUUACUUUGGACUUUGGUUGAAUAGCGAUUUUAGACAUGGUCACAGCCGUGCACGGCCAAUUUGUACAACCUUUGGAAGCCCUCAACUCUCGGGGGAUGAGGACUUUAUUUUGGACUCAAUGGAAGUAUGGGCAGUUGGAAAACCUGAGCUAGAGGAGGGUGGAGAAGGUGAGGCAAAGGGGAGUGUCUUGGAUAUGGAUCUAGAGGUCCAGGUCAUGAUGGAGAUGACAAGCAAAAACCUGCACAGUCAAGGUCUGAGGGAGUCAAAUGUCCAGAAGCACUGAAGUCAUCAUCAUCUGACCUUAUGUUAAAUCUGAUGCGCAAGCAAAUGGGAAAUUUGUCAUGUUAUUUUAUUUUUAUUUUACCAAUAACAAGUCAGAAACAGAAUCAGAUUCAAUGGCCAAGCAUCGCCUGCCAGCUCCAAGUGGGACCUACUUUCUGAUGGGGAGGACACAGGAGGUGAGGCUGGGAGACACCACCUCAUCCACGCACACUAUCAGCACUGGGGGACCCCAAAGUUGUGUCCUCUUCCCUUUGCUCUUCGUGCUCUACACAAAGGACUACACCUCAAGACACCCGGCUGUCAAACAUCUGAAUUUCACAGAUGACACCACAGUCAUCGGCCUCAUCAAGAUGGUGACAAGUCUGCGUAUCGACAGGAAGUGUCGAGACUGAAGUUUGGUGUUGCCAACACAUCCUGGCGUUGAACACUAAAGACUGUCAUCUAUAUAUACAGUGAUGUCACAUUUUCCCAGCCUAUAAUUGGAAUUCUUGACGUUUUUUUAAUUGUAAACAAGCAAAGCGAAGCCUGAGAGUGCUUAAGUAGCUUAUACUCAGUGGAUGUAGGAGUACCACCUAAAUAUGAUAAUACAAACAUACUUAGGCUAUGUUCACAGUACAAGUCUGAAUGCCAAAAGGUUUCUUUUUUUCACAAUUUUAAAUACUUCCCAGGCGUCUUAACGUGUGCUUCUCUCUAAAUACACCAUAGAUAUACCGGUGGGUAAAAAAUACCGGGUCAGCCUCCAAUUGGUCAAGUUCUUCCACUUACAAAAAAUGAGAGAGGCCUGUAAUUUUCAUUGCAGAUAUACAGUGGCUUGUGAAAGUAUUCAGCCCCCUUGAACUUUUCAACCUUUCACCGCAUUUCAGGCUUCAAACAUAAAGGUAUAAAAUUAUUAUUUUUUUUUUGUCAAGAAUAAACAAGUGGGACACAAUCAUAAAGUGGAACAAAAUUUAUUGGCUAUUUGUAUCUUUUUUAACAAAUAAAAAGCUGAAAAGUG